AUGGGACAUAAAAGGUCAACAUCGAUGCCCAUUUCAAGAUCCUAUACUUUACAUGUUCAUGAGAUUGAUUUACAGAAUGCAAGUGUAUCCAAGUCAGCAGAAGGUCCUGGUGAUGCAAUUUUUGAAACGAAAGCCGGUGUUAAACGACUAUUCCAUUCUUUACGAGCCCGACACAUCGACGUGUCGAGCAUGGCGUUUGAGAGGUUCAAACAGACUCUUCGGAGAGCGCAAACACAAACAGAACGCCAAUUACUAAAAAGAUUUCUUCUGCAGCCAAUGCAGAUUUCAAACGCCGAGCUAAAGCAGAUUUUAGAAAUCCGCAAUGUCUUCGAAGGGGAUAAGGUCCCAGCUAUGACGAAUGUCGAUCGAGCUCAUAGGUUUUACAUUCGGUCGUGGGUUUUCACACCAGUCCAACUUCUCCUGGUUGUACAGCUACUUCGUACGAAAGGAUUCGGUUCCGCGCGGCUUGACGAAUGGGAAUUUCAGUGUUGCAUUACAGUUUUCGGGACUCUCACUGUUCGUUACAUAGGUAUGAUCAAAGGCCGUCGCGACUUCGUUCAAAGAUCCCAACUUGAUAUUUCCGAGAAAUCGCCGAACAGCCUAUUCGGUGCCUUUCGUGACAUUAUGAAAGAGAGAUUCCCCUUAGUUCACGAUGAACUGGAGAUACACGAGUUUCCACAUCUUGCUUUUUCUAUGCUUGGCUCAAACGAGAUCGUGGGCAACCAACUGGUGGCAGACGACACAGAACGUCUAUUGAUUCAGUUCUUCGGCGAAAGAUCGCUGCUGAACGUGCAGUCUGGUGGCCAAUACAUUGAUUACCUCCCAAAAAUCACUGACGAAAAACUUUUCAGGGGCUUCAAUUCCCGAUACUUUACUGAAUUCUCCAGUAGUUGCGAGCAGUUUCCGGGCACAGCUUGGGGCAAACUGUCAGAUGAUUUCGACGAGAUUGAAAGGCACGCACGGACUCAUAGUGAACUGUACCACUUCCACCAUGAUUACUUCAAUGUGAUGAAGAAUGAGGCACGUCCUUACCAGUAUAAGGGAUAUACAGUUAUGGUCUAUCUUGGGGAAGAGCUCUCACGAAAACAUCUCAAGGCUGGGCAUACGUUCUUUCAAGGUUCUGCAAGCGUUAGUGUCUUCGUCAGAGGACUAAUCAACCGAUUGAGUAAGAUUGAAAGGGAGAAAUUCAAUUCCGGAAAUCAGCCGCCUGAUCUUCAAAAGACAUACACCUUCUUCAAUGUCCUUCCCUUGCCUGAUUUCCCAAAUGUGCAUCGGGCACUUCAAAUCCUCAAAAAUUAUAUCCAAUGCACACAGCCAAUUAUAAUCGUUACCUAUGGGCAUCGAUCCCAUGCAGCCAUCGCCUCCGGGUUCCAGAAACUCAAGACUCAGAGAUGUGGCUUACCUCCAAUGGAUGGAACGCUGAUUCGAAUAUCAAACCGCAUGGAUGGAGUGGUCGGCAAAGGCCAAGAUAUAGUCCACAUAUCACUCAGCCAUCCUGGUAAAUAUCAAUACGGCAACAGAGACCCGGCAAGUUUACGCAACUUCUACAUUCAGAAACAACUAGUAUACCUUGUUGCACAUUGCACAAUGGAUGCCAUAGAUCAUCAUUUAAGCACACCCUCACUGUCGUCUCGGAGGGACUUAACUGCAAAGGUCCUAAACCAUGUAUGUGUGAUCCUCAAAGGCUUAGGCACCUUUGCUCUCAAAACAACGGACCACGGAAUUGAUGUCUCGCUUCCUGAAAACGAGCCAAGUCAAAAGGGCUGUGGUUCUAAAUUCAUCCGCAACUCAUUCUCCACGGUUCUCCAGAUGGUGAUCAAGCAAAGGGUAGGUGUUAUUAAUCAAAAUCUCGAGGAAGACACUACUGUUGUUCCUAAUUCAGGACGAUCCUCCUCCAAGCGGAAGGCCGAUGCCUUUGAGAAGGAUCUUACAUGUCCAAUAUUUGGCUACGGCACCUUCGAUUGCAUUUUCUCAUUUGGGCGGGCGCACGGAAGUCAAAACUCCCCUGAGCGAAUAUCCCAGCUUGAGAAGCUCUGGGCCGAGAACAUCCCCGAGCUACAUCUGGCUAUUCCAAACAACGAAGAAAUGCAUGAAAGAUGGGUUAAGGAACUUUCUAGUCUCACGCAAGGCCAGUCGUAUUUCCUCAAAGUCGUUGAUGGUUUACCCCAGUCGGAAUAUCUCAAGGCUCUCGCCCUGGUCUGCAAGUCAACUGGUCGCCACAAAAGGCGAUACGACGGGAUUGGAGAGAAGACUCAGAUGAGAAGUGGGCUGUGGGUCUCGAGAAAAGAUAUUCAAGCGCGCCGGGUCGAGCUCUCGCCACGAGUAAAGACAAAGGACUUACAGGGGUUUCCCGUUGAGAUAAAGCCUAAUUCCGAAAUCAAGAUCAAAUGGCUCACCUCCGGAGGCCAGGAACAAACAUUGACGGUGGAGAGUCCACGUUGUGCUAUGCCGCAGAAUGGGACACAAACCCGCGCCCUUUCUUUUACUGAACAUGGAAUUGACAUAGUCGAUGCCAGUGGGUUUGCCCUGCGCCCAUGUGAACCCUGGGAAAAAGAGCCUUCCAAGGCAACACUGCCUAGGUGGGGUUUCAAAUCGAAGAACGGCCAGUUAUUGCAGGAGCUUUGGGGGGCUGUACGCUCUGAGCUCGGACUCAGCAUACCUCCAGACCGUAUUAGAGGAUUGCCACCUCGGAUUAAUGGGGUAGGACUGGUUCCGUCUAACAGUGCAACAGAAACCCCCCAGCAGAAUAAGCCACCCCGUGUUCAAGAUGCAAAUUUUCUUCUCUAUAACUUUCUAAACGAAAGAUUCCCCAGCGGAGGUGUUUUCCGGACGAUUUCACGGGCCAAGGAUAAGAAUUCGACUGAGGAUCUUCAGGAGUUUGUAAAAUUCUGCCGAAGACCACAAAACGUGAAUCAUCCUUACUGCGCUAAGUGGUUAGAUAUGCUCGACAGGCCGCGCCCAUUCAUAGCCAUUUUAGCACCGAACAUCCGGGCAUAUAGGAGCUGCCAAACACAAAAGACCUAUCCCUACAUGCCAGGGUCGGGUUGCCAUCUCACUGAGACUGUUUUCCACGUAGGGCCCCGUGGCAAACGUUAG